AGCCCCCUCACAAGCCCACAGACUUUAAGACAGACGACUCUGAAAUUUUAGAACCUGUGCAGAGAAAGUGGUUUUAUACCAGAAGUUGAAAGAGUAAGGUCGUAUACCUUUUUUAACAUCUUUAGUUUGUCUUAAUGGAAGGAUUCAUCGCCACUUUGGUUGGUACUGUUUUCCAGAGUUUAUGCAGAUUUCUAAUAUGGCAGGGAAAAGGACAGGAAGUUAGAAACCUCUUCACUCUGGGGGGAAAAAAAAGACUUCAAGUAAUGCAACUAAUUAUUUUGAAAGAUACCCUGAAAAUAGAGUGGGCGUCUGGAUAAAGUAUUUGAUAGGCCUUAUGAAAUUGUGUUGCUUAACCAGAAAGCAAUGUGUUGCUAGAUGGGGCAGUUUUAUCUAGUAACUGUCGUGUUUAAAAUAUCUGUGUAUGAUAUUAUUUGUUUAAUUUAACUGGGGCAAAAUCAACUUUGGGAAUGGUUUUCUAUUUAGACAAGGGAAAUACUGCAGUUUCUAAUUAGAGUUCUGGAAUAAGCUCAAGCUGUGUUAACCUAUGGUAUGGAGCAGCAGAACAGAAAAUAUGUCAAAUUCUGUAUCGGUGUGGCUUUAAAUACACACACAGACACACAAACUAGAGACUAGCCCCCCAAAAGAUAGUUUGCAUAAAAAUACAACCACUUGAAUACAGAGAAUAAAGAGGUUAGUAAAAACUGAACAUCUGGGAAGAGUGUAUUAAUUGGCAAUUUUCUUUCUUUAAUCCUUGAAAAUAUUAAAUGAUUUUCUAAGAAUCAACUUAGUUUAAUAUGCUCAUUUAGACAGGCAAAAUGAUCAAGACUCUUUUUGUAUUCAUUUUGUUUUAGGGAGCCCCCUAAUGAAAGUCUUCAGUAAACAGUUUCUCUGCAUGAACUGAUUUUCAUGAGGCCAUUGUGGAGAGAGGCAUCUGUGGGCUUGUGAGGCCGCUCUGCCACACCAGUAAGGAUCAGGGAAAGAAAAUACCUAGGCCACACCGUUGCAGUCUUUAAAUGCAUGCCAAUCUGAAGCAUUUACAUGGACCCCUUUUAUCACGUAAAUGGUCAUCUUUUACAUCGGAAGUUAAGCUUUAGAAAUAUCUCACUUUGGAUCCAAAUAUUUGUCAGUUUCUCAGUCUGCGAUCAGAAUUGUGCUAUCAUUCACAAUGAAUAUUCAUGAAUGGUCAUCUUCAUUCUAUUACUUUAUACAGUUUUAAUCAGCAUUUUAUGAGGUGAGCCGGGACAAGAGCUUCUGGUUACAGUUAGGAUAAGAUGGAAGACGUUGAGGUUGCUAUUGGUAAGAUCUAAGCUGCUACCACCUAUCCCACUGGACGACAGGAGGGGAAUGUGUUUUGUGUGCACUCGACAGAGCACUUCAGAACCCAGGCUGCUUUCAGGAACAUUUCUGUGGACUCCCAGGGCUGAUUCCACUAGAAGCAAGAUGGCCGAACUCAAUACCCAUGUGAAUGUCAAGGAAAAGAUCUAUGCAGUUAGAUCAGUUGUUCCCAACAAAAGCAAUAAUGAAAUAGUCCUGGUGCUACAACAGUUUGAUUUUAAUGUGGAUAAAGCCGUGCAAGCCUUUGUGGAUGGCAGUGCAAUUCAAGUUCUAAAAGAAUGGAAUAUGACAGGAAAAAAGAAGAACAAUAAAAGAAAAAGAAGCAAGUCCAAGCAGCAUCAAUGCAACAAAGAUGCUAAAGACAAAGUGGAGAGGCCUGAGGCAGGGCCCCUGCAGCCACAGCCACCGCAGAUUCAAAAUGGGCCCAUGAAUGGCUGCGAGAAGGACAGCUCCUCCAUGGAUUCUACCAACGAGAAACCAGCCCUUAACCCUCAUGAGAAAAAGAUCUCAAUACUUGAGGAACCUUCAAAGGCACUUCGUGGGGUCACAGAAGGCAACAGACUACUGCAACAGAAACUAUCCUUAGAUGGGAACCCCAAACCUAUACAUGGAACAACAGAGAGGUCAGAUGGCCUACAGUGGUCAGCUGAGCAGCCUUGUAACCCAAGCAAGCCUAAGGCAAAAACAUCUCCUGUUAAGUCCAAUGCCCCUGCAGCUCAUCUUGAAAUAAAGCCAGAUGAGUUGGCAAAGAAAAGAGGCCCAAAUAUUGAGAAAUCAGUGAAGGAUUUGCAACGCUGCACUGUUUCUCUAACUAGAUAUCGCGUCAUGAUCAAGGAAGAAGUGGAUAGUUCUGUGAAGAAGAUCAAAGCUGCCUUUGCUGAAUUACACAACUGCAUCAUUGACAAAGAAGUUUCAUUAAUGGCAGAAAUGGAUAAAGUUAAAGAAGAAGCCAUGGAAAUCCUGACCACUCGUCAGAAGAAAGCAGAAGAACUAAAGAGACUUACUGACCUUGCCAGUCAGAUGGCAGAGAUGCAGCUGGCCGAACUCAGGGCAGAAAUUAAGCACUUUGUCAGUGAGCGUAAAUAUGAUGAAGAGCUCGGGAAAGCUGCCCGGUUCUCCUGUGACAUCGAACAGCUGAAGGCCCAAAUCAUGCUCUGUGGAGAAAUUACACAUCCAAAGAACAACUAUUCCUCAAGAACUCCCUGCAGCUCCCUGCUGCCUCUGCUGAAUGUGCAUGCAGCUACCUCUGGGAAACAGAGUAAUUUUUCCCGAAAAUCAUCCACUCACAAUAAGCCCUCCGAAGGCAAAGCAGCAAACCCCAAAAUGGUGAGCAGUCUCCCCAGCACCAUCGACCCCUCUCACCAGGCCAUGCCAGCCAACAAGCAGAACGGAUCUUCUAACCAAAGACGGAGAUUUAAUCCACAGUAUCAUAACAACAGGCUAAAUGGGCCUGCCAAGUCGCAGGGCAGUGGGAAUGAAGCCGAUCCACUGGGGAAGGGCAACAACCGCCACGAACACAGAAGACAGCCACACAACAGCUUCCGGCCCAAAAACAAAGGUGGUGCCAAAAAUCAAGAGGCCCCGUUGGGGAUGAAGACCCCUGAGGCCCCAGCCCAUUCUGAAAAGCCCCGACGAAGGCAGCACGCUGCAGACACCUCGGAGGCCAGGCCCUUCCGGGGUAGUGUUGGUAGGGUUUCACAGUGCAAUCUCUGCCCCACGAGAAUAGAAGUUUCCACAGAUGCAGCAGUUCUCUCAGUCCCGGCUGUGACAUUGGUGGCCUGAGCUAGGAUGAAAAAAGAGCAGUUUUCACUCAGUUUUGGUUCCCUGCCCGAGGUGCUGACCCAAUUCGCUGCCAAAAGAGAGUCAAUCAGAAUAUACAAAUCCUGUAUGGUUGUGUCUCCUCUCUUAAUCAUUUUUACUAAUUCUAAUAAUCAGCUCUAGCUUGCUUCAUAACUUUCAUGGCUUUGCUUGAUCUGUUGAUGCUUUCUCUCAUCAAGACUUUGCAGCAUUUUAGCCAGGCAGUAUUUACUCAUUGUUAGGAAUAUCAAGAUGUGGCUGAAGAUCAGAGGCUCAGUUAGCAACCUAUGUUGUAGCAGUGAUGUCAGUCCAUUGAUUGUCUUUAGAGAGUUAAUGUUACAAAAAAGAAUUCUUAAUAAUCAGACAAACAUGAUCUGCUGAGGACACAUGCGCUUUUGUAGAAUUUAACAUCUGGUGUUUUUCUGAAAAUAUAUAUAUACAUAUAUUGCUUUAUUUGAAACAAAUUAAAAUAUGCUGCAUUUGA